UUAUGCACAUGUAGUUCAUAGAUACAGACUAAAUUCAUACAUUUAUUUCCCCGACAAGGAUCUACAGCUGCUUACUGCCAACAGACACCAUUGGUACACAGGACUCAGACCAAGAGGUCUUGCACAUGAGAGGGGCAGAAGGAGUAGGCUACCAGGAUGGGUUGCUGGACCAAGCUAAAGUCCACUGGCUGGGUGUUUCCCACAGCCAUGCUGUCGCUCUAUGGGUUCUUCGCUAACUGCAGACCAGCUGAGCCCUUCCUAACACCAUACCUUAUUGGACCAUACAAGAACAUCUCGGAGGAAGUGGUAAAGUAACCAGCAGCAGAGAGCUGUAUGCUACACAUUAUCCAUUUUGAUGGGAUUUGUUAACAAGGCUGUGAUAAGAAAGUAAAUGAUGCACACUAUAAUGAUAGAAGGAAAUACACUACAUGACCAAAAGUAUGUGGACACCUGUUCGUCGAACAUUCAUUCCAAAAUCAGGGCAUUAAUAUGGAGUUGGUCCCCCCUUUGCUGCUACAACAGUCUCCACGCUUCGGGGAAGGCUUUCCACUAGAUGUUGGAACAUUGCUGCAGGGACUUGCUUCCAUAUAGCCACAAGAGCAUUAGUGAGGUCGGCCACUGAUGUUGGGCAAUUAGGCCUGGCUCGCAGUCGGCGUUACAAUUCAUCCCAAAGGUGUUCGAUGAGGUUGAGGUCAGGACUCUGUGCAGGCCAGUCAAGUUCUUCGACACCGAUCUCGACAACCUAUUUCUGUAUGGACCUCGCUUUGUGCACGGGGGCAUUGUCAUGCUGAAACAGGAAAGGGCCUUCCCCAAAAAGUUGGAAGCACAGAAUCGUCUAGAAUGUCAUUGUAUUAAAUAAAGAUUUUUCUUCACUGGAACUAAAGGGUUUAGCCCGAACCAUGAAUAACAGCCCCAGACCAUUGUUCCUCCUCCACCAAACUUUACAGUUGGCACUAUGCAUUGGGGCAGGUAGCGUUCGCCUGGCAUCCUCCAAACCCAGAUUUGUCCGUCGGAUUGCCAGAUGGUGAGGCGUGAUUCAUCACUCCAGAGAACGCGUUUCCACUGCUCCAGAGUCCAAUGGCGGCGAGCUUUACACCACUCCAGCUGACACUUGGCAUUGCACAUGGUGAUCUUAGGCUUGUGUGCGGCUGCUCGGUCAUUGAAACCCAUUUCAUGAAGCUCCCAACGAAACAAGUAUUGUGCUGACGUUGCUUCCAGAGGCAGUUUGGAACUCGGUAGUGAGUGUUGCAACCGAGGACAGACGAUUUUAACACGCUUCAUCACUCUUCGGUCCCAUUCUGUGAGCUUGUGUGGCCUACUACUUCGCGGCCGUUUUGCUCCUAGACGUUUCCAUUUCACAAUAACAGCACUUACAGUUGACCGGGGCAGCUCUAGCAGGGCAGAAAUUUGAACACUUGUUGGAAAGGUGGCAUCCUAUGACGGUGCCACAUUAAAAGGCCAUCUUCAGUAAGGCCAUUCUACAGCCAAUAUUUGUCUAUGGACCAAUUGUGGCGCAGUGGUCUAAGGCACUGCAUCGCAGUGCUAGCUGUGCCACUAGAGAUCCUGGUUCGAAUCCAGGCUCUGUCGUAGCCGGCCGCGACCAGGAGACCCAUGGGGCGGUGCACAAUUGGUCCAGGGUUGGGGAGGGAAUGGCCGGCAGGGAUGUAGCUCAGUUGGUAGAGCAUGGCAUUUGCAACGCCAGGGUUGUGGGUUCGAUUCCAGUAUAAAAAAUAAAAAUGUAUGCACUCACUAACUGUAAGUCGCUCUGGAUAAGAGUGUCUGCUAAAAUGGAGAUUGCAUGGCUGUGUGCUCGAUUUUAUACACCUGUCAGCAACGGGUGUGGCUGAAAUAGCAGAAUCCAGUCAUUUGAAGGGGUGUCCACAUACUUUUGUAUAUAUAGUGUAUAUGCUACUGUAUACAGUGGGCUAUGUUAUUUUUUUGCUUCAUACAGAGGAUCGGUAGGACUAUUCAGUAUCCCUGUGGAUAUUGACUAGAUCUAACGAUAAAUGAAUCACUCCUCUCCCUGUGCCUCCUCAGGUGACCAACUACCUGUUCCCCAUCUGGACGUACUCCUAUCUGGCCGUCCUCUUCCCCGUCUUCCUGCUGACAGACUUCCUGAGGUACAAGCCGGUGAUCGUGGUCCAGGGCCUCUUCCUGGUCACCAACUAUGUCCUGCUAUGCUUUGCCCCCGGCCUGACCGCCAUGACCUUCCUGCAGUUCAACUAUGCCGUGGUGACCUCCACGGAGGUGGCCUACUUCUCCUACAUCUACAGCGUGAUCCCUCCAGAGAGGUACCAGCGGGCCACCGGCUACCUCCGCAGUGCCAUGCUGACAGGUUCCACCCUAGGGGCCACUCUAGGCCAGUUGCUGGUCUCCCUGGCAGGGCUGGACUACUUCUACCUCAACGCCAUCUCCCUGGGGAUCCUCAGUGUUGCGUUCCUCAUCUCCAUCUGGCUACCCAUGCCCCAGCAGGGGAUGUUCUUCAGGGGGGAGAAGGCUGUCCUGGACCUGAGCGCCAAGGGCCAGGUGGGGGAGGAGGCGAGUGCAGUGGAGGAGGCACAGGAGGCAGAGGAGGCCAUGGAGGAUGGUGCUGGGUCGGAUAAGACCCAGGGUGACGGGGGUAGUACUGGCUGGUGCAGCCUGCAUAAUGUGGUCUAUGCUGGCAGGCUGCUCUGGAGCAGCUUCAGAGAGUCCUACUCCUCUAGGAAGCUGGUCUACUGGUCUCUGUGGUGGGCUCUAGCCACGGCCGGCUACGGCCAGGUGUUCAACUACAUCCAGCUGAUGUGGGACCACAUAGAGCCAUCCAGCACCUCCUCUGUCUACAAUGGAGGGGUCGAGGCCAUCUGUGCAGUUGUAGGUAAGACAGUCUCAGGACUGUGUGUGUGUGUGUGUGUGUUCAGUGGAGUAGCUGUGCUUUGGGGUUUACCGGUUGGUGAAUUUUACAAUGCUAAUAAUUUUUUUUAUUACUGAAUAAAAAUAGACUAGUAAAAUUCAAAAAUGUCCAGGACACAGCUGAAUGUUGGUCUCACAAUCUGAUUUAUAUGUGGUCCAUGAUUAAAUGGGUAAUGUGUUUUGAUUGGCUUAAGGCAAAGUAGUUCCAUGGUCAUCUUCGCUUUGGUCCAAGUUGGGCUCUGCACACAGAGAAGAGUAAUUGCUUUAAUUAAGGUGAUAGCUUGGUUAACGAUUUCUCUGAUUAUUGCUGAUAGCUUGGGUUUGAGAGAUAGUGACUUAUCGUAACAAGUCAAUCUGACUCUGGGGAAGUAGAUAAAGGGCCUCAUUGCCAAAAUCCUGAAGUAUCCCUUUAAUUAAAUCAAAGCCCUGUCCUUGAUCCUAUGUGUUCAGGGAUAGAGACGUUAUACUGUCCUGAUAAAUGAUGGUAGAAACACUUCUGCCCCUAGGAAUACGAUCAGGGUUCUGUUCGAAUUCUUCAAAUUUCGCAUCCGUCCUUGCUUGGGGUAACCACUGAUCUGAUAUGACUGGAUCUUCAACAUCUUGAAGAACGAUCUGGCCUUAAUGGCCAUGUACUCUUAUAAUCUCCACUCGACACAGCCAGAAGAUGAGUGGCCACCCCUCAGAGCCUGGUUCCUCUCUAGGUUUCUUCUUAGGUUCCUGCCUUUCUAGGGAGUUUUUCCUAGCCACCGUGCUUCUACAUCUGCCUUGCUUGCUCUUUGGGGUUUUAGGCUGGGUUUCUAUAUAAGCACUUUGUGACAAUUGCUGAUGUAAAAAGGGCUUUAUAAAUGCAUUUGAUUGAUUGAUUGAUUGAUGAAAGCCAUGUAUUGAAUCAUAUGCUUUAACCCAGCAAUUGCUUCAAUGAAGGGAGGAUGCAGUUUACAAGUAUUUAAACAGUUUACAAGUAUUUACUCAGGAUCUAAAAAGGAAAUAAUUCACUGUUGUUGUCCCAUCCCUGUCCUAUAGGUGCAGCGGCAGCCUUCUGUGUGGGUCAUGUGAAGGUGACCUGGGAUGUCUGGGGGGAGCUGUCACUGGGGGUGUUCUCUGCGGUGGGGGCAGGGGCCGUGUUUUUGAUUGGGCUCAACAGCAACAUUUGGGCAAGCUAUGCUGGCUACGUCAUCUUCAAGGCCUCCUACAUACUGCUGAUCACCAUCACUACGUAAGUGCUGAAUACUCUCUAGGCCAUACUUCAAUGAGCUCUGAUAUAUUUAUUUAAUAUACCUUCCAUGCAUCCCAUAGACAUUCAUCAGAACCGCAUAAUGAAAAUAUUCAGUACAAAGUGUUAUUUGUUUUGUCCUUACAGAUUCCAGAUUGCAUCCAACCUCUCCAUGGCGUGCUAUGCUCUAACGUUCGGAGUCAACACUUUUGUCGCCCUCUUGCUGCAGACCAUUCUCACAGCCAUCGUUGUUGAUGAAACUGCACUGGGGCUAGACAUUGUCACACAGGUAUGGUUGCACAAUCCAGAGCUAGAAAGGCCAAAUACCCAUUCCUUUAACUGAUCACUGCACAAGUUACCAAAAGUGAAGAGAGAGUGACAUGUGGUGGAUAAUUAUUACUACAUUAUUACUGUUCUUGACCCCUCUAUUCAAACCAACGUUUAAUUUCCCUUUCUCCAGUUCAUCAUCUAUGGCAGCUACUAUGCAGCAAUAUCUGUGCUUUUCCUGAUCCGAGGGAUGUACACAGCCUGUGCACACCACUGCAGGCCUUAGCAGGCAAUGGACCAGGACCAGGAGCAGAAAGAAGAUCCCAAAGUGGAGAUGCCCUCCUCAGACCGGUUCUGUUCUGACCACAGACAAUAGACUAUCAGAGACUGAGGGGGGCAAGGAGUCUUCAAGGGUUCACCCUAAAAUUGAAUUUCAUGGUAUUACAUGUAUUUAUAAUCAAAAUAAAACAAAUGUUGUGUAAGCAUUGUUUUGUCCAACUUCUCUUUAAGUCAUCCAAAAGAUAAGGUGUGUUCAAUUGAUAGGCAUGGCCAUGUUAAAUAUGCAUUGUCUAUCUAGCGUUUUAGUUAUUGCAUACAUUUAUUGAGCAGGUUAUUGAUUGACAGACUGAGCUCACUGAUUUCACAAACAAACCGAGGUGACUUCCGUAUGGGGACUAGACAGGAUUACGAGUAGUGUGAGAGAGAGCAGACUAACCUGAGCAGGUAAAGCGAUAAACGUGCUUUUCGUAUAAAGUAUAAAAACUUGUGUAGGUGAUAGUACUGGCUAUCGCUGUUUGUGGAUCUGUAAGUAUGGAGGCUGUGAAGCGGUGGAGGGCAGGAUGGGGCUAUCCCACCACUCUGCUGUGCGUCUAUGGGUUCUUCAGUACUGUGAAACCUCUCGUACCCUUCAUCUACCCUUACCUGACUGGCCCAGACAAAAACCUGACGAUGGAACAGGUACAGUAGACUACAGGACAAACAUUUCAAUGCAUUGUCUUCAUACUCUUAUAUUCUCUUAAGAGGAGUGUAUCGAUUUCUUGAAUUUUGUAUCCGUGCCUUUUCAACUUUAUCAGUAAUGAAACCAUGUAUAUGACCAAUUUAUUACCUACCAGAUUGAUAAAGAAAAGGAAAAGCAAGGGAGAAAAUGCUCUUGAAACCAGGGGUGUAUCCAGUGAAGGGAAAUGUUCAGAACAAAACAAUGUAAUAAACAGAGUGGACACGAUUCUUGAUUCUAUGACAAUCAUUUCUGUUCUACACAAUACUGUAGGGAAUCAGGGGGUAGUCCCAACCCAGGCUUUAACCUUAAACCCAGGACCUUACGACUGUCAACCCAACACUUUAUUUGUUAUCCCAAGAGAUCCAAACCUCUUGAUGAGGUUGCUAGGUGUUGCAUUGUGCUCGCUACACUACCCACUUCAUGCUGUAAAUUCCUCGCACUUGCCCCCAUGUUUUUGAUGGCCGCAACUGAUGUAGUGAGGUCAGGAAGUAGUCCGGACCACGGUUUGAACUUGUGACCUUGCAGCUGUCAACCCAACACCUUAGCCUUUACGGCAAGAGAUCUGAACCUCUUGAUGAGGUCGCUGCGUUGCUCGCUAGGUGUUGGGUUAAGGUCGCUACAAUCAAUACAUUAUCUAUCUGAAUGUUCUGCAAUGUUGCAACCUCCCAAACAGACAGCAGUGUUGCACUCUAACGCAGGUGACCAACGAGAUCUACCCUGUGUGGACAUACUCCUACCUGGCUGCGAUGGUGCCAGUCUUUCUGCUCACCGAUUGGCUGCGCUACAAGCCCGUCAUGGUGUUUCAGUGCAUCAACCUCUUCAUAACCUGGGCGAUGAUGCUAUUGGUGCAGGAGGUGGCAGCCUUUAAGGCGAUGCAGUUCUUCUACGGCGUGAAGUCGGCCUGUGAGGUGGCCUACUUCUCAUACAUCUAUAGCAUAGUGGACCUGAAAUACUACCGCAAGGCUACAUCCUACUGCCGUAGUGUACAGCUGCUAGGCUACACGGUGGGCUCUGUGCUGGGACAGCUGCUGGUCAGUUUCAACCUCAUGUCCUACAACAACAUCCUGGUACUUUCCCUGGUGUUGAUCUCCAUUGCCCUGGUGACUUCCCUCUUCCUGCCCAUGCCACAGAGAAGCAUGUUCUUCCAUCUGAGUCAAAGUGAACCACCACAGACCCCAGAAGAAGGGGACAGGUGUGCAGGUAAUGUGUCCACUGAGGGGCCAGUGAGGGCUAGGGGCUGUAGCCAGGUAUUCCUGCUGCUGUGGAGAGACUUUCUCCAGUGCUACUCCACCAGGGCACUGCUGUACUGGUCAGUGUGGUGGGUACUGGCCACCUGCGGCUACAACCUGGCAAUUACCUAUGUACAGGUGUUGUGGAAGCACAUACAGCCAUCCCAGAAAGUCACAGUCUACAACGGAGGGGUGGAAGCUGUGUCCAACCUGUUCGGUGAGUAGUGAAGCACCAACUAUUGGAAUACACAUGACCAUUGGGUAUUUGUAGAUGUUUGUCUGGCAUUAAUAAUCAAUCAUCAUCAACAGUCAAUCUGCAGUCAUACUACUAACAUGUAUUUACUUCAUGGUAAGUUUAUCACAUCAUGUGUGUGACUUACAGGUGCAGCGACAGCCUAUGGCAUUGGUUUCAUCCAGGUGGACUGGGCCCAGUGGGGAGAGUUGUUCCUGGGCUCCUUCUCUGGCCUGGGUGCUGCAGCCCUGUUCAUCAUGACCUUCACUGACAACAUCUGGGUCUGCUAUGCCGGCUAUGUUGCCUUUAAGGGCCUCUACAUGCUGCUUAUCACAUUUGCCAUGUGAGUUUGUGAAUUACUGCCAUUAGAAAAAUGUAGGUGCCAAACUUGAAUGAUUAUUUAGCAAGAACAAACGUGAUCAUUUCCUCCCAGGUUCCAAAUUGCUACUGACCUCUCUAUGGAGAGAUAUGCACUGAUCUUUGGAGCAAACAACUUUGGGUCUUUGAUCCUUCAGACUAUCAUCACUUCCAUUGUGGUGGAUGGCAGGGGGCUUGGCUUGGGCAUCAUCCCACAGGUGAGUUAAAGGUUCAAGUGUCAAAAACCCUACAAACCAUUAGAUCACAACCCUUCCAUGACAACCCCCAGCGGUGCAAUUUCAUCCAACAAUGUCAUUAUCCAUUAUUGAUUUUUAUUUAUUUCAUGUAAUGGACAUACACAAAAUAGCCCUAAUUGGUGAAGUGAAAUGAAAAAAAUAACUUGUUUCUAAAAAGUCUAAAAAAUAAAUAACGGAAAAGUGGUGUGUGCAUAUGUAUUCACCCCCUUUACUAUGAACUCCCUAAAUAAGAUCUGGUGCAACCAAUUACCAUUAGAAGUCACAUAAUUAGUUAAAUAAAGUCCACCUGUGUGCAAUCUAAGUGUCACAUGAUCUGUCACAUGAUCUCAGUAUAUAUACACAUCUGUUCUGAAAGGCCCCAGAGUCUGCAACACCAUUAAGCAAGGGGCACCACAAAGACCAAGGAGCUCUCCAAACAGGUCAGGGACAAAGUUGUGGAGAAGUACAGAUCAGGGUUGGGUUAUAAAAUAAUAUCAGAAACUUUGAACAUCCCACGGAGCACCAUUAAAUCCAUUAUUGAAAAAUGGAAAGAAUAUGGCACCACAACAAACCUGCCAAGAGAGGGCCGCCCACCAAAACUCACAGACCAGGCAAGGAGGGCAUCAAUCAGUGAGGCAACAAAGAGACCAAAGAUAACCCUGAAGGAGCUGCAAAGCUCCACAGCGGAGAUUGGAGUAUCUGUCCAUAGGACCACUUUAAGAAAAAAGCCAUUCCUUAAAGAAAAAAUAAAUAGUUAUAAAAUAUAUAUUUUGCAUCUUCAAAGUGGUAGGCAUGUUGUGUAAAUCAAAUGAUACAAACCCCCCAAAAAAAUCAAUUUUAAUUCCAGGUUGUAAGGCAACAAAAUAGGAAAAAUGCCAAGGGGGGUGAAUACUUUUGCAAGCCACUGUACCUGGACUUUUGCCUUGGAUGUUAUGAACUGUCCUAGGUGUUUGUCCAAAAAAACAGCGUUAAAUAUCUGGCUCAUUCAAAACAUUGUUUUAUUAUUUUUUAUCUCAACUGUGUAACUGAAAAAUAAGCUUAAUGCUUUUCCACUCUUUCUUGCAGUUCAUCAUUUAUGGAAGCUACUUCUCAGCCAUCGCUGUCAUUUUUUUCCUGAGGGGUGUGUACACGAUUAUGAGAGUGCGGCAAAGCCACAGAGACUCCACCACUGCAGAGGAGCCUCCAAGUCCAACCCUGUGUUCACCACUGCAAGGUUGA